GACACAUCUAUAGAUUUAUUAAAUGAUACUUCUAUUUCUAAUAUUUUAUUAUCCAUUUUCUGCCAGAAAAGAUCCUAAAUUUCAAAUACAUAAAAUGCAGUUCUCAGAAGGGCAAGGAACCAGACCAACGUCUUUCUUUAUUGAUGAUAUUCUACUGAAUAAACCAAAACCAGCAUUCCGGGAUUUGCCAUCUCUACCCGUCAGACCAACUGUCACGGAUUUUCCAGGUUAUCCCUAUUUUCCGGGUAUCUUCUACCCACACCAAGUUCUGCAACAGACGCAAAGCUUCUUACAUAAGCACCCAGAGCACGGCCAUCCAUUUUUGAUGCCAACCGUUGCGGGUUUUCCAAUAGCUCCCAUAUAUCAACACGACAGCCCAGGCAAGCAUUGUAGGCGACGAAAAGCAAGAACAGUCUUUAGUGAUCAGCAGUUAAAUGGUCUGGAGAAAAGAUUCGAAGCCCAGAGAUAUCUAUCUACCCCCGAGAGAGUGGAACUGGCCAAUCAGCUUAGUUUAUCCGAAACACAGGUAAAAACAUGGUUUCAAAACAGACGAAUGAAACAUAAAAAGCUACAGAAGAAACCAAAUGAAGAUGGUGAAGACACGAAUGCAGAUGACUCAAAAGAAAUCGGAUCUGACGAUGAAGAGUCACGUGACAGUUUUACUUCCGGUAAUGUUUCAGACAAAGCACAGUGUUCCUUAGCAAGGGAUUUAGAAAACAAGCACUCGACGCCCUCUAUCUAUAAACCUUACCAACUUGAAUCAGAAGACGUACAUGAAGAUGAAAUUGACGUUGUAGAUAGUGAAAAUGAGGGCGAAAUUUGAUAUUUACAUGUGUUUGCUGAAAUGAACCAUCGUGUCAUUUUUGCGAUGUAAAACUGGUGCUGAAAUGUUUUUGUCACACAUAAAAAUACCCUACAGUAUACAUUUUAACAUACGGAACUAUCCAAUCGAUACCAUUGAAUAUUACUUGUAUGCCAUAACUUCUAGUUAUACUAUUAUUACCAGAGAAUCAGGGAUUUUGAGUUUAUAAAGUAAAGCUAAGUCCAUUUUCCGACAAUAGCUUCAUACAUGUAUAUUUUCUAUUGGUAGCAUAUGAUACCUUAUUUCUUAGCGUAGUGCUGGAACUUUUCGUUUGAAAUCCAAGUCGAUGGAAAAGAAAAUAGGGUAAACUUUUCUUUUCUCGUAUAACUAGUCUGUAGUUGAUUCACAGUGCUUGUAUUUUAUCUUGUUUUCUUUAAAUUAUUCCAAGGAGUUUGUGCUUUGAAUCUUUUACGUCCAAGCCCAUUUUAAUAAAACGAGAGCUCUUUUUUAUGACACAAUGGCCAAAUAUUUCUAAUACUAGUAUUGUUACUUUUAAGAAAUGUGCGUUUUGCACUUUCAAUUUAUGUUUUUGUUGUCAAUGUUUGUAGUCAUCUCAUGUUUAUUAUUUUUAAAACAUAUAUUAUCCGAUUCAUUGAUAUUUUACAUGUAAAGAAUUGUUAUAAAUACUUAUGACUAAAGCUGUUUUGUAGUAUGUGUCAGUGUGCAUGAAAUAUAUCCAAAAGGCCUCUAUACAUUGCUAAGUUUUUCUCAUCAUUUUAUGAUAAACACUUCAAUAUAUUAUUGAUAAUAAAAUUAAAAAUUUU